UUUACUUUCAUUUGGUCUCAUUUCUGUUUUUUUUAGCCUGGUCAAUUCGCUAUUGAGACGCCCCAAGAUGAGCUCCUCAUACGCACUGCUUUUUGGCGUCGUUGCCGUCGCCUUCGCGGCACUGGUGGCUGCUGAGCCACCGCUGAACAAUGCGUAUCUGCCGCCGUCCUCCUCGUCUGGUGGCAGACCCUCCUCCAAGUAUGGCGCACCACCGGCCAGCUCUUACUUGCCGCCCGCCUCGGGUCCGGCGCCUUCGUUCAAUUCGCGGCCAGCGCCGUCCAGCAGCUACUCAGCUCCAGCAGGCGGCUCCUCUGGCGGACCGUAUCCGGCGUCCGCGCGCCGUCCGUCCAGUUCGUAUGGAGCGCCAUCUCGACCAGCGCCACCAUCCUCCAGCUAUGGAGCACCAUCUCGACCAGCGCCACCAUCCUCCAGCUAUGGAGCACCAUCUCGACCAGCACCACCAUCCUCCAGCUAUGGGGCGCCAUCUCGACCAGCGCCAGCACCGUCCUCUAGCUAUGGAGCACCACCAUCCCGCACAUACGGAGCACCUCCAGCAAGAAAGCAUCAAUCGCAGCAUCAGUCACGUCGUCCCUCGUCGAGCUACGGUCCACCCAAGUCAUCAGCCCCAUCCCAGAGCUAUGGUGCUCCCGCACUACCAGCACCACCAGCACCCCCCGCCUCCAAGUAUGGCCCACCCAAGUCGCCUUCCAGCAGCUACGGCGCACCAGCACCUCCCUCCUCCAGCUAUGGAGCUCCCAGCGUGAGCAGCUUCGUGCCCUUGCCUUCAGCUCCGUCGACCAACUAUGGCGCCCCCUCCAAGACUCAGGUUCUCGGUAGCAACGGCUACACAUCUGGACCCUCUGCACCUGCACCACCCUCAUCUUCGUAUGGCGCUCCUUCAAGCUCUAGCUCGUUCCGUCCCAUAUCGCCACCCUCUUCCAGCUAUGGUGCCCCGAGCAGCAGCAGCAGCAGCUCCCACUCUUCGUCCUCAUCAUUCAGCGCGCCUUCCUCAUCGUACUCUGCGCCCAGCCCCAGUGCCAAUAGUGGUGGAUCCUACCCAGCAGCUCCAUCCAAAUCAUAUGGUGCACCCAGCUCUGGUCCAUCCAGCUCCUACUCGGCACCCAGCCCGAGCGCAAACGUUGGUGGAUCUUAUCCGGCAGCUCCUUCCAGCUCGUAUGGAGCCCCCAGCUCGGGUCCGUCUAGCUCUUACUCAGCGCCCAGCCCCAGUGCCAACCGUGGUGGUUCAUACCCUGCCGCUCCAUCAAGCUCAUACUCUGCUCCCAGUCCCGGCUCGAACACUGGUGGACCUUAUCCGGCAGCUCCGUCCAGCUCAUAUGGAGCCCCUGCUGCUCCAUCUAGCUCCUACUCGGCACCAAGUCCCUCAGCUAACAGCGGAGGCCCCUACCCAGCGGCUCCCUCAAGCUCCUACUCAGCUCCCAGCCCCGGAGCCAACAGUGGAGGACCUUAUCCAUCAGCUCCUUCCAGCUCUUAUGGAGCUCCCAACUCCGGAUCGUCGAGUUCCUACUCUGCACCCAGCCCUGGAGCCAAUAGCGGAGGCUCCUACCCAGCGGCUCCCUCCAGAUCAUAUGGCGCACCGGCUUCAGCUCCUUCAAGCUCCUACUCUGCUCCCAGUCCAAGUGCCAACAGUGGAGGACCCUAUCCUUCAGCUCCUUCCCCUUCAUAUGGUGCACCGAAACAGGCUCCUUCCAGCUUGUACCUAGCACCCAGCCCGGGAUCGAACAGCGGUGGACCUUAUCCAUCAGCUCCAUCCAGCUCAUAUGGCGCUCCCAGCUCUGGCCCGUCCAACUCCUACUCGGCUCCCAGCCCAAGCGCUAACAGUGGAGGACCGUAUCCAUCGGCACCGUCCAGCUCAUAUGGUGCACCCAGCGCUGGACCAUCAAGCUCUUACUCUGCACCCAGCCCCAGUGCUAACAGUGGAGGACCAUAUCCCUCAGCUCCGUCCAGCUCAUAUGGAGCUCCAGCUUCAGCUCCAUCCAGCUCUUACUCGGCUCCUAGCGCUGGCGGAGGCAGCUUCAGCUCGCAUGGCGGUUCCUCGUUCUCCUCGUCAUCUUCAUCUUCCAGCAGCAGUGGAAGCGGCAGCUACUCGACAGGCCCCUCGUCCUCCUAUGGCGCACCCGCAGCACCCUCGAGCAGCUAUGGAGCCCCCAAUGGCGACAGCAUUCCCAGUGGACCCUCCCACGACUCGGGCUACUCCUACUCCGCGCCCAGCCAAGUGCCGGAUACCAUUCAGCAGAGCUACAGCUCCAACGGUGGCUAUACCUAUCGCAAGUAGUAGCUAGAGUAUUGGGUAACGCCUGCAUCGAUCCAGUGCCUUAGAAUACUCGUGCCCCUAUCCCUCCCAUCAUUCACAAUUUGGCAUCAUCAAAAAUCAUUUGUUGCUCUAGAAAAUUAGAACCCAAUUGUAAAUUAUUCGCAUCUU